AUGGCAGAUAUUUCGAAUAUCUUGGCGAUUCUUCAGAUUCUGGAAAGGAGUAUCGAUGCUGAAACAAUACUUACACAGUUCCUUGCCCUGAGCGAUGCCGACAAGGCUACUUGUCGCUUGAAUACAGCGGAGAAUAUAUUCCGUCUUGUAUUUGGCGAUGAUGCUGUAGUACAGAGCGAUAUCAUUUUUUCCGAGGGAAAGGAAACAACUUGGUCCACCAACUGUCAGCUCACUCCCGGUAUUAUUGUUACCCCGCGAACUCCUCAGGAUGUGGGCAAAGCUCUUGCGCUCUGUCGAUUCCUUGACAUCAAGUUCUCUAUCCGCAGUGGCGGCCAUCUUCACAACCCAGGGUUCACGAGUAACAAUGGCGGCGUAGUUCUCUUGAUGAACAAGUUCAACACUGUCAGCCUUUCCGAAGAUCGGUUGACAGCAGAUAUUGGAGUCGGUCAAACCUGGUUUGAUGUCUAUAAAGCUCUCGAAGAGUACGGACUCACAGUGACUGGAGGACGUCAGCCUUCUGUGGGCGUGGCUGGCCUGCUUCUGGGGGGAGGUCUGGCAUUUCAGAACAGUGAGCGUGGAUUGAGCUCGCAUGGCGUUGUAGAAUAUGAGAUCGUUUUGGCAGACUCAAUGGUUACCAAGGUCAACGCAACUAGCAACAAGGACCUCUUCUGGGCCCUGAAAGGCGGAGGUCCUAACUUUGGUGUCGUGACCAAAGUCACCAUGUCCACACUUUCCAACAAAAUAUGGUGUGAAGGUUUAAUCUACCCCCCUGGACAAAAUUCAAAUCUCUUCAAAGCUAUCAUGGAUUACCACGAAGCAAGCGAAAAGAACUCCAAGUCCAAUCUAAUCUGCCACUUUAUGGAGGAUGCUACGCUCCUCAUUUUCCUUUAUGCCGACCCGGUUGAGCAGAAACCAGCUGUCUUCAACGCCUUCGAUAAGAUCGAGUGUGUAGCCCAGGUGGUGCCAUCCAAGGUCUACACGAUCUUUGAGAUUGUCAAUGUCUUUGCAAGUUUUACUGCUACUGAACCUAGAAGCCAUGAUAUACGAGUGAUGACAAGUCGUCCUGACCUGGAUGUCUACAACGCUAUUGAACAAUGUCGUCUACAGCAACUGGAAGCAGUGAAAAAUGUCCCUGGGGCUCGUCUUAUUACGAACAUUCAACCUAUUUCAUCCAGCGCUUCUAGGGCUUGCGAUAACCAAGGGGGCAAUCCUCUAGGCUUAAAGGCAGAGCCACAGCAGUGGAUCUUGGUUAUGUUGGACUGGCUGAACCCAGAGGACGAGGCUACUAUGCUGACAGCAAGCCGCAAAAUCGUCGACCAAGCCGAAGCGGUUGCAAAGAAGAAUGGAACUUACAUUGAUUUCAAGUAUUCAAAUUAUUCUUCGCGAGACCAGGAUCCGCUGGCUACCUAUGGAUCUGAAAAUUUGAGCAAGCUCAGAUCGGUUGCGAAGGAAGUUGACCCCCAGGGUGUUUUCCAAAAGCUGCAAAAUGACGGGUGGCUUCUUUCUAAGACUGCCUAA